AUGCAAUUGUCUCCAAGUGGGGAGCUAUACCUAUCCGAAUCGUCUGUGUGUUACUUCCCCAAAUGUCUUGAUGCUGUCACAAUCGUCCUCACCUCAACCUCGGGGCAAUCGUCGCUCGAGUGUUGGAGCAAAAGCUCGUGUCUGCGAUCAUUGCGGACGGACAUUCAGGAGAACGGAACAUCUGGAACGGCACAUACAAAGGAGAAGCCGUAUGUCUGUUUCUGCGGGGCUGCAUUUACCCGACGGGAUCUGCUAAAGCGCCAUACGCGCAUUACCCAUGAGAAUAAUUUGAUAUCGCCGACCUCACAGUCCCAGCAAGAAGCUACAGGGCAGUCGAUUGUGCGGCGUACACCAGACCCUCCGGUAACUCAGCCGUACAAUGUACAACCUGCACCACGCCCGGAUAUUCCUCUCGUACCACCUCCCAUGGGGCAGUGGUCCGGGCCACAGCACGGACCGUACCUGGAGCAGAGCCAGAGCAUGCUUAAUGCAGGUGGUAAUAGUUCAGGCUUAGGCCCACAUCCUGCAGUAACUCAUGAUGCGGACAUCUUACAGGCUGCUCAACUUCUGCUUCCUGGUAGCUUUCGGGACGCCCAGCCCCCUCCCCAGCCCUUGCCGUAUCUUCCGGAGGAGCUUAAUCAUUUCCAAGAAUUCACCCAUUUCUUGGACUCCAUUGGAUUGCCUUCAGAAUGGGUUCCCGCCCUGAGGGAAGUACCGCAGGGUACCUCUCGUCGGAGCCAGGCGGAGCGCUCGCGCGCUGAUUCGCCCUUCCGAUCCUGGCUACCCUCGGUACCUUCUGAAGAUCAAAGCUUAGGAACGGUUUCCGACUAUGAGCCUCCUCAACAUUCCACAAAGGUCAUUCCACCGAGGGUUAGCGAAGAACAGCGGCUACGUCUUGCCGCUUCCCUAGAAGAGCAUCGCCACCUUAUCCCUGACUUCGUCCUCCCGUCGCGGCAUACGUUAACAAGGUAUCUGACAUCUUUCUUUGAUGGAUUUCAUCCUCAUCUACCAUAUCUACAUCUUCCAACACUGCGAAUCAAUGAGCGCGCCCCCGAGCUUGUUUUAGCCUUGAUGACAAUAGGUGCCCAGUAUCGGUUUGAGCACCGGAACGCAGAACGGCUUUUCUAUGCUUCCAAGGCAAUUGUAUUGCAUAAACUGUCAAAAGAAACACACGCCCCAUUGGCAACAUAUAAUGGUAUCAUCCAAAUACCGUUAGAUAGCAUCCGUGAACUAUCCCAACAAACAGGUCAAGCUACAGCACUCUCUCCUUCGGAGAAUGAUCUCGGAAUGAUUGCGUGGAGACAAAUCGAAACCAUUCGCACCCUGCUCACCUUAAUGGGAUACGCCACAUGGGAGAAGUCUGAACUGGUUCAAGAAGCUUUUAGUUUACAAGGCCUGUUGGUGCGGUGCCUGCGCGAAUUCGGCUUAACUGAAAACAUUACGGUUGCCCCAAGACACUCACCCAUGCAGUGGCAUGAGUGGGCGGAAGAAGAAUCAAUUCGACGUACUAGGUUCAUUUCCUUCUGCUUCGUCCAUGUCCAUAGUAUAGCGUACAACAUCUACCCGGUACUUCGCAGCAGUGAGGUCCAUUUGCGACUACCCUGUUCCACGAAGGAGUGGAAAGCGACCACCGCCCAGGAAUGGGAGCUUGCUCAGAAAGAGGUCGGCGCUCAACAGCUGUUCUUUCAGGACGCUCUAGCACUCUUACUACAACCAUCGCGGACGACAGUCCUGCUAGAUCCGAUCCCUGCGCCACUUGGAAACUACAUUCUUCUUCACGGUCUUCUUCAGCGCAUCCAUCUUGUGAGUGAGCUCUCUUUACCGACCGGAGAUCAAGCCCUUGCGCUACCGACCGAAGAGCUGAAUAAACUCGAGAGAGCUCUCCGGUCCUGGACUUCAGUUUGGCAACAAGCCCCAGAAUCGAGCCUUGAUCCUCACAAUGAUAACGGUCCCAUCCCCUUUACUUCGAGUUCACUAUUAGGAUUAGCCUACGUGCGCCUUUCCCUGAAUCUGGGGCCAUACCGCCAACUCGAGACAAGGGACCCAUACCGUAUAGCCUCUGCUUUGCACAGAUCGCCUCGGCCUGGAAGAAGCUAUCGACUGACUCCUGCACUUAUAUAUUCGGCGCAUGCGCUAAGUAUCCCUGUGCGGCUUGGAAUCGAUCAUGUUGCGCGCAGUCAAGCGUUCUUUUGGAGCGUCCGCCACUCGAUUGCCAGUCUUGAAUGUGCUGUCCUCCUCAGCAAGUGGCUUCUCUCUUUAGCAGAGACGGGGACUGAUCAGAAUUUGAGUGAUAAUGAGAGUCGAAUAUUGAACUGGACACGUUGUAUCGUCGAAGAAGCAUAUUCCUCGAUGGACUUGGAAGACUGGGAAACCGUCCCUAGCUUGGACCCUGCCAGCCUUGGACUUGCAGUCAUCAAGCUCUGGUCCCGCCUAUUCCGAAAGAACACGCAGUGGCCGUUUAUCAAUGUUCUUGGAGAGAGUCUUGAAAAAUACCUGACAUUGAUCCGGCCGGGCUGA